CAGAGUUCCCUUAUCUGCUUUCCCUUCCAGCCUCAUACGAACAAUCUCUUUUCUUUCCCACCUAUAAAUACAAGAGACGUCUCCGCCAUUCUUCUCUUUUCUACCUUCCCUGCGUCCAACAGACAGCUACUGCGGUCACGAUCCAGAACAUCGGAAGACGAGAAAUCACCCGACGAAUCUCCCCAUUGGAAGAAAAGGACGCCCGCUACCACCACCAUGUCGCAACAACAGGAGCGCAGAGCGCAGGCGCCCGCAGCGUCGCAAACAACCACAACCACAGCAGCAGAUACGCCGCGAUCAGAAACAACCGACAGCCAGCCCAGCGUGAUCCUGCGCCUGCGGGGAGGCCACACGGCGAACGGCAGAUCGGUGCAGUGGGCCGACGACGUUGUGGACAAUGAGGGACUGGGUCGGAAAAGCUCAAAAGUGUGCUGCAUAUAUCACCGACCCAAGGCGGUUGACGAGUCCAGCGACGAGUCGUCGUCGUCUGAUUCUUCCUCGUCCGAUUCGGAUUCGGAUUCGGAGGCCGGGUCUAGGGGCAAGAGGCCUGUCGGUGACGAUCACGACUGCGGACAUUCUCAUGAUCACGGGCAUAGGCAUCACCGUGGACGCGGCAAUGGCGCAAGCGGCAAGAAGAAGAAGAGGGCGCCGAGCCCAAACGCCUACGAGAAGGUGCCAAAGUACAAGCCGAAGGAGACGGACAAGGAAGUGCCCAAGUAG